ACAAACACGAACAUCGACAACACCUGCGAAAGAAGCUGGAGCUGACCGCUUGUGAUGAUUGGUUUGUCAUGGGCUACAUGUUAGACGUUGUGCUAGAGGGAACCCUGGAGGGUGACGGCGUGGAUUGUGAAGGCGAAGGUGACUGUGAGGACUGGGAUCGAUCCAUGGACGAGCGCUUGCUGCGGGAGGCCUUGAAGGAGCUGGACUUGGCCAGAGCCCGGGCGAACCACGCCGAAGAGGAGAUGUGGCGGUGUCAGGAGGCUGCGAGCAAGCUGAAAGGCAAUGUCCGCAGGAUGGCCAUUGUCCGUUCGUUUUCCGAGCCUGACAAGAACUCUCCGUUGCAAGUCCUGGGGGCUCACGAGCUGCGCGUCAAUGUGGAUCAGCAUGAAGUUGCGCGGGCGAGCCGGCGGCGCAUGAGCACAGGAUGCAUGCCAGAUUCGAAGCCAAGGCGGACCCCCUUGCCUGUCAUGGAGUUUGAGCACAUCCUUGGCCAGGAGGAGAACCGGGUCUUUCAGAUGUUGAAGCCGGACAUUGAUGCGGCACUGGCCGGGGAGGUGGCUUGCGCCUUCGUGUGCGGCGCUGCCAGCAGCGACAAGAGCCUGCUGGCGGAUCACCUGGCAGAGAGAGUUGCCGCCCAGCUGGACGCUGUCCUCGCAGAUGUGCAAGUCAGAACGCCAAAGGUGUCGCUGCAGAUGUUCGAGCUCCAUGGGGAUCAGCAUCGCGACCUCCUUGACGAUACCCGCGCCAGGAGGCGAUCUUUCAGCUCCAGUCCAGCGAGGCGGCCCUGUGAGCACAAGGAGUCCGUUGCUCGAGAUUUGGCUGCUUUGGUUCGCGAAGGCCGCGCUCGGCAGCAACAGCGGUGCCUUCCGCUGUCGCACACGGUGAUCUCCUUCCAAGUCGCCCGGCCCAAGUCUGUGGGGCAGCUGGUGAUCAUCGACGUGGACACCAGCGACCGGCAGUGGACGUCUCGCAGCUGCCACACCAACCUGUGGCUCCUGCUGGGAGGCAUCCAGGACCGCUGUAGCACCUCAAUGCUCCUGAUGCUUGACCCUGCUCCUGGGGCUCAAGCGGACACACUCAGAACUCUGCAGUUCUGCCAAAGAUUGCAGUCAUCUCUCUUUGCGAGUCGCGGCGGUGCACGCCACUUGGAAUCAGCGGAUGACGAACUUUUACAUAGUGCUGUGGCAGAAGAGAUUGACGAUGACCUGGCGGAAGAGGUCUGCCGCCUGCAGAAGCAGACCUCCGAGGUACUUCGUGAAGUUGGCAAGCUGAAGAUUGAAGUCGAGAAGAAGGAUGCAGAGAUUCUGGAGCUUCGUCGACGCGAGCCCAAAGCAAGGAGGCUGUCCCCAAAGGCGGCGCACAGUCCGUGCGCCCCGCGCGCACGCGGAAGCGGCGGUGCGUCCAGUAUGCGGGCGCCGUCACAAGAGCAGAGCAGGAUCCUAGCAGUUCGGCACGUGCAAGCAAGUUCCAAAGGUGUGUCCAAUUCACCCGCGCCCUCGCAAGAGCAGAGCAGGGUCCUCACUGUUCGGCACGUGCAAGCAAGUUCCAAAGCCGCCGCGCGAGCUCCUGAAAAGAGCUCGCCGAAACCAGCUCCUCCCGCACGCGAGGAGUCUCUGAGAAAUGGGUCCAAGAAGGAGAACCAGAGCCUGAAGUCCAGGUCCAGCGGCCCUAAGGAGGCAACUCCGGCAGUUUCACAGCAGCGCGCUGCGAUGCGGAGUAUGAUUCGGCCGGACAAGCUGCGGCCGGUUGCAAGGGCUGCUGCUGUGGCCAGCCAGCUGCGAGGUCGCCGUCAGCCGGAACCGGCCGUGCCAUGUGAGGUACGCUCGCCUUCCUGCAGCAGUUUGAGCACAAGCAGCUCUGGCAGCUGCAGCAUCAGGUGCGACAGGAGUCACAGGCCAGCUUGCCAUCGACCGCAGGAUGCUCUUCCGCUCAAGCUUGACCUGACGCACGUCAAGCAGAUAACUGGGCCUUUGUCGGAAGGAUUCCGAACUCCUCAAACCCCCAGAGGAAGGCCACCCAUCGCUUGGUGGCAUUCGGAGGAUGUGGCUCCAGCUUCUGCCAGGGGGCAUGCGCCUUGUGUAGCCCCCCAGGACGUCAGCCGGGCGCGAAGCCUGUACAUAGUGGAGCUGGUGACUCCUCGAACGGCUCAGGCAGUCUCCUUUUUGCACCAGAAGGAGGAUAAUGAUGCGGAGCUGAGCCCUAUGAUGAUGCUGCGCCCAGCAAGCCUGGCUGCGGUGGUGCCACAGACAGGCCGGAGCGCCAUCUCGGUGUCAAGUGAUGAAGAUGACAUCCGUGAAAGGCUCAACAAGGAGCUGUGCCAGUGCGACAAGGAGAAUUGCGAGGUGCCGCAAAAUGCAGAGCUUGCGGGCAAUGCUGCGCCUGAGGAAAACAGCCUUGCAGCGGCAGCCAAGGAGAUCAUUGGAGAGCCCUUGAACCAAGUCGUUGCAUGAGCUCCAGCGAGACAUCGUUUUGAAAGGCCCUGAAGGCCCCAAUUCGCAAUCGAGCGGACCGUUUCCAGCCGUGUCAUGAGUUG